AUGCAUGCCUUCAACCUUAGGCUACCCUUUAAAAUUUUCGCAUUCCUGUCUGAGUCAGGUACUGUCAAAUCACUUUCCAAAGAUGCUGUGAAGCACUCGUCGACAGCCGACGGAAAGUUGGAUCCUGAAGCUGAAACCGAGCCCGGACAUGGUUCUCUGGACUCUCCCAAACCUUCUCAUCGACUGGAAUCCAUGGGUAUUGGUUUCCUAGGGUCUGCUAGUUCUGCGACCGAAGCCUCUGAAUCAGUCUCAAACAUCCGUGUAAAGCGAUUGCAUGUCUCUCGACUCAAUCUUUUUGCUUCGGGUCGUGGACUUAGUGCUCCGACCAACAGACCAGCCUCUUCUCGCCUUGGUGAGCACCACUGGCGUCAGGCAUCGGGUCGGGUCCCGAUUACAGCCACCAAGGAGAUUCUCAGACCGACGAGUAGAUAUAUUUAUAUUUAUUUACUAUUAUUAUUAAUUAUUUUAUUUUUAUCUCCCUUUUUCUUUCAUCGUGUGUCGUUGUAG